CUCUGUGCUUACAGUAUCUUCCCUUUCGACCCUGUGACAUGUUAUUUUCUUUUCAAGCAGGGCUUUGAAAUUGAGUGCAGUCAGACCCUUUACGCUGAUACACUUCACAGGAGGUGGUAUUUUGUUAGAUUGCAGCUUUCUCCACUUCUUAUACGUCUGUUUUGACAGCUUGUGGAGUUGACAUCAGAUAAGGAACUUACUUCAGCGAAAGUCACCCAGUUCUGUUGAAUCGCUCUCAAGAGUUUUAAAGAUUUCGCUGACAGGUGUUGAAAAUCUCACCCUGAGGAAAAGCGAUGGAGGCUGCCGUCUUUGAGUGUCACAAAGAGGAAGAGACUGUGGACAUCAAGUCUUUUCAGGAAGGGAAGCAGAAGCUCAUUCAGCCAACGUCUUUAAAAGAUCCCACACUUGCAAAGCUAAAAGAGGCACUGGUAAAUUGGAUCAAUAGCACUUUGAAACCAGAGCACAUAGUGGUUAGGAGUCUGGAGGAGGAUCUGUACGACGGUCUGGUGCUUCAUCACAUGCUGUCCAGGUUGGCCGGUGUGCAUGUGUCUGUGGAGGAGAUGGCACUGACUAUCCCUGCCCAAAUACGCAAGCUGGGAAUGAUCCUGGAGGAGUUGGACCAGAGACUGGGCCUGCAGGACGACAGCCGGAUCAAGUGGAACGUCAAACUCAUCCACAACAAAGACCUUUUGGCCACUAUUCAUCUGCUGGUUGCCAUGGUGAGAACUUUCCAGCCUGAUCUAGAUUUGCCUCCCAAUGUGAACGUUGAAGUUAUUGUUAUGGAGGUGAGCAAAACUGGAAUCAAAUCCGAUGUACAGACAGAGGCCCUGACAGACGAGAGGGAAGCAGGCUCAGACUUCCUCAGCAAGAAUGAAAGGGAAGAUCCCAUCGAGAAGCUGCUGAAGCUUGAGGCUCACAAGGUCAACACGGUGAAGAAGGCUAUUUUAUACUUUGUCAACCAGAACAUGAAAACCUUGGGUCUGCAGGUGGCCGAAAUGGACAAACAGUUUGCUGACGGCGUGAUUCUGCUGCUGCUGAUCGGACAGCUGGAAGGCUUCUGUCCGCUCUGUGACUUCAACCUGACACCUGUCAGUCAGCCUGAGAUGGUUCACAAUGUGACCUUGGCUUUGGACCUCCUUAAUGAUUUAGGCCUGAAAGUGUCCAGUAUUGAUCCACAAGAUAUCGUGUCUCAGGACGUCACUGCAACCUUGAAGGUCCUGUACGCUCUGUUCAAGAAGCACAAAGGGAAAUGAGAGACGAAGAGGAGCUCAACAACCUGGAAAACAAACAGAGUGGAAGUGUUUGGCCAGCUGGUGGUUUCUUCUGUAAAUACUGUAUAUUAUUUAAAUGUUUUUUUAAGACAUAUUGCGGAUGCUUUCAUGCUGCUUUAAAAUAAGAAAGGAUGGGGGUAUGAUAUCAUUUAAUAUAUGGGUAAACACUUUAAAGCUGUCUCUACUAGAAGACAGUCAUAGUGUUGCGCUCUAUGAAAGAUGACAUCCAUUGUUGUGUAAAGGGUGAAAUAGGAGCUAGAAAGGGAAGUUGAAGCCCUGCUUACAGUAUUUUCUCACCUUCACACAGCUGACCAAUCUCUGUGUGAAGUGGGUGUGAAUAAUCAAUCAUUGGUUUUGAAAAAGAGUCAGAAAUUGUUGGACACAGCUUUCCUAAUCUAAUGUCUCUAAGAUGUGGGGGGAGGUCGUUUCUGAAGCCAUUUAACCAUCUGUAAAGUACAGUUGUGAAGGACUAUAUUGGUUCCUGGAAAUGAUUCCAGAUCCUUCUUUAUUAACACUUUAAUUUGGUUCUAUCAUACUGUACAUGGUGUGGAUGUAAGUGAAGCCCAGUGUCCUUUAUUCAACCAUAUAUUGCUCUCUUUACACCACUUUAUUUCCAUUUCAGUUUGACACCGCUGCAACAUGGCCCUUUUAAUUCUCGCUUUAGGAAACCAUCGUCCUUGAGUGCCUCCUCUCAAAUAAACAAUGUGAAUGUA